AUGCGCUUCGACGACAGGAUCACCGGCAAGCCCAGCGAGUUCGCCCUGGGCUCUAGGAAGAUACACAUCGACAUCGACCCGUCUGAGAUCGGCAAGAACGUGCCCGUCGACGUACCGAUCGUCGGCGACCUCAAGCGCGUCCUCCUGAAGCUGAACAAGCUCGUUGCCCCGGUGACCCGCCUGGAGUGGGUCCAGCACAUCGAGCUGCUCAAGCGGGACCACCCAUCGAUGUUCAUCCGGCCGACGGACAAGCUGCUGCCGCAUUUCAUCAUCAACCAGCUCUCAGAGGCUACCGACGGCAGGGCCAUCGUCGUCACGGGGGUCGGCCAACACCAGAUGUCGUUGUGGUCCGUCGCCGGCGACGGCGGCUUCCAGAUGACGAUGGCCGAGCUUGCCACGCUGGUCGAGAACCGUAUCAACGUCAAGUUCGCCAUCAUUAACAACUCGUUCCUGGGCAUGGUGCGGCAGUGGCAGGAAUUCUUCUACCACAAGAGCUACGUCGCCACGCAGUACACUCACAACCCGGACUUCGUGAAGCUGGCGGACGCGUUCGGGAUGCUGGGGAUCAGGGUGACCGACAAGACCCAGGUGAUGCCGGCGAUCAUGGAGGCGAUGGAGCACGACGGCCCCGCGCUGAUCGACUUCGUCGUCGAGGAAGAGGAGAACGUAUACCCGAUGAUCCCGGCAGGCCAGACCAUUCACGACCUCAUAGAGGAGCCGCUGCCAGAGGGGGUGCGACAGUGA